AUGAAAACUCCAUCGGAUAUUCUCUUGGAAAAUAUCAACAUAAAUAAACACGAAAUUGUUUUAUGGUCCCAAUGGCAAACAUUAAAUAACAAAAUUGAUCUUUAUCAGAUCAGUGGUUCGACUGCUUCACUUCUUAAUGAAAUUGAUUCUAAAUGGUCAACAUUUUUAUUACAUUGGCAUUACACAACAGAACAAAAAGAAUAUAUAAAAACUCUUCGAUUAAAUUCAAAUGAAACAUUAUACAUUAUAGUGCAGUUGGAUUUUGCACAGAACUUCAAAAUCUUUUACCAACGUGAAGUACAAGGUUAUCACUGGAACAAUAAACAAAUAACAAUAUUUACUGCUCACUUAAAGAUAGGAGAUAUUAACAAGAAUAUUGUAAUUAUCAGUGAUUAUAUGUGUCAUAAUAGCAGUUUCGUUUAUGUAGAAAAAAGUACGAUAAUUGAUUUUAUUAAAAACAAUUUUCCAUUUGUAAUGAAAAUAAAUUAUAUAAGUGAUGGUGCAACAAGUCAGUUUAAGAACAAUUUCAAUAUUUUCAACCUAGCCCAUCAUAAACAUGACUUCGGACUCGAAGCAUGUUGGACAUUUUCGAGUAGCGGACACGGGAAGGGAGCAUGUGAUGGGCUAGGUGCUACUGUCAAAUCUGUUGCUACACGUUCAAUAAUAACAUCAGGAAUUUCAAUUUCAUCAGCUGAAGAAUUCUAUCAAUUUACAAUGCAAUAUAAUGAUGAUGCAGCAAAAUUAUCUAACAGCAGCCAACCACCAAUUCAUGCUUUUUACAUCAGUUCGGACACAGUUGAACGUGUCUACAAUGAUAUUCUUCAACCUCGUUGGAAAAUAUUAGAUAAAUCAAGUAAGAAUAUAUCUAAAACAGAUUUCGAAAUAAAUCAUUUCUUAGAUCGAAUCAAAAAUAUACGUUCAUUUCAUCAAUUUUUUGUGCGUCCUAAUCUUACUAUAGUUUAUCAACAUACAUCAAGCUCCUUGGACUAUAAGACAUUUACGUAUCUGAUCAAGAACAACUUGGAAUCAUCAGUUCAACAUAUACACACGUCGAAUGACGUUGAUGUUGCCAUGCUCGUGAUUAUGAAUUAUAAUAACAAAUUUUAUUUAGCUCAAAUCAAGUUUGUUGAUCAUUUAACUCAAGAAGUACAAGUACAAUAUUAUAAACCAUCGUUUCCAAGCACCACAUUUUACGUGUUUCGAUCAAAGAACAAGCAUAGUUUCAAUAUACGUCUUCAAAAUGUUCUUCUUUUUCUUUGUUGUAAUCAUAUUGUUGGUCAACAAAACGAAGUUUACUUAAGUCAUGAACAGUUUAUCGAUAUUCAGAACUUAUUGGAAGAAUUUUAG